GAUUUCUAGACCUUUCCAACUCUGGUCUCAUCAACAAUAUCGUGUGGAGAUCUUGUGAUUGCUUCCACAGACGACCUCAUUCUUGCCUCAACCCCGCAGCCAUACCCUGGUUAGGUACAUCAUGCAGUACGUUCCAUUUGCCUCCGACAUUGAAAUCCCCUUCUACGCAUCCCUCGCAUCCCACAAGAUCAACCACGACAAACUCGACGACUCGGCGCGCAAAGUCCUAGGUCUCUACGAAAUCCGCCCUUCGGACGCCAAGGAAUGGUCGUGUCGCAUCCAAGUUCAUGGUAAUGCCUUGACCAGUGAUGAUGUUCCUGCGAACCAUUAUCGCGCAGAAGGUAUUAUUCGAAACCUCAACACCAUUGAGGAAUACAAAUCUAUCGACAAGCUUCAAUUGAUUCAACAUGCUGGUCGAACCAUCUGGGAGGCCAUCAAUGAUGGCACGAUUUAUUCAUGUCCCAGUUUAUUGGCUUCGUUUCUGAUCCUGUCGUAUGCGGAUCUGAAAAAGUACAAGUUCCAUUACUGGUUCGCUUUUCCGGCGAUAGUCCAGAAUUCCUCCUGGGUGCCUGUUGGAGAGGAUUCGUCGCCGGCUUCGGGUGCGAAAUUGCCAUAUACGACUCUAACCUCGAUCGAGAGUACGACUCUGGUGGACAAGGUCUCGACUUGGAAAUACGGGGUUGAUUCCCGUCAACAUGGAUUCUUUCUGGUGAAAAAGGAAAGAGAUCAGCAGUUUCCAAGCGUUGCGGAUGAAGAAUUUGGACCGACGACACCAAAUACCCCUCUCACCCCUUCGGACAGUCUUGGAUAUACAUGGGUGGUGUCUUCUCUGUCGAGUUACGAGACUGGCUUCUUCGACGAUGUUGAGCCUGAGGACAGAUAUGUUUGUUUUGUCGAUCCCUCCAAUUACACUGAUCCUGUUGCGCCGGGCUGGAUGUUACGAAACUUACUCGUCUUGGUGCGUCAAAGGUGGAAGCUCGACCAGGUUCAGAUUCUCGCCUAUCGUGAGACGCAUAUGCGACGCGAUGCUGCUCGCAGUGUUAUUUUCAAUUUGCAGGUUUCAGACAAGAAUACCAAAGAUGCGACUGGUGCCGCGCCAGCCACUGAAUCUUCGACAGACUCAUCAGCCAUCCCACCCCUCCCUAGGGUUGUAGGCUGGGAACGAAACCCGGCAGGCAAACUUAUUGGCCGACUCGCUGACCUCACUGAAUACAUGGACCCCAAGAAACUCGCAGAUUCGAGCGUCGAUCUGAACUUGAAACUCAUGAAAUGGCGCAUCAGCCCUAAUCUCAAUCUCGACAAGAUCAAGGAAACAAAGUGUCUCCUCCUCGGAGCUGGCACAUUAGGGAGCUACGUCAGCCGCAAUCUGAUGGGCUGGGGUGUCAGAAAAAUCACCUUCAUCGAUAAUGGCUCGGUAUCUUUUUCCAAUCCUGUGCGACAACCGUUGUUCAAUUUCGAGGAUUGUCUAGGUGGUGGUAAAAAGAAGGCUUCCGCUGCAGCUGACGCCCUAAAACUGAUUUAUCCUGGAGUCGAGUCUGAGGGACACGUUCUAUCAGUCCCUAUGGCUGGACAUCCAGUCACCAAUGUUGAAGGUACAAAAGCCGAAUACGAAAAGUUGAAAAGCCUGAUCGAUGAGCACGAUGUCAUCUUUCUCCUUAUGGAUACUCGAGAGUCACGCUGGCUCCCAACCGUCAUGGGCAAGGCGGCCGGAAAGAUUGUCAUGAAUGCGGCAUUAGGGUUUGAUACAUAUGUGGUCAUGAGACACGGUGUGAAGCUAGAAGGGACCGACCAGACCUCACCAUCCCAACCUUCAUCUCAACAAGGUGAAUUAGGAUGCUACUUCUGCAACGACGUGGUUGCUCCAGCAGAUUCAAUGCGAGACCAGACACUCGACCAGCAAUGCACAGUAACACGACCGGGCAUUGCCGCCAUUGCAUCGGCACUACUUGUCGAACUCUUAGUCUCAGUCCUACAACAUCCCGCAGGCGCCGCAGCACCCGCAUCUUCAUCAUCGUCAUCCUCGACUUCAGCCUUUUCAGACUCACGUGGCGACCAUCCAUUAGGUGUGGUCCCGCAUCAAAUUCGCGGGUUUCUCAGCACAUUCUCCACGUUGAAUGUCGUAGGCCGAAGCUACGAUUGCUGCAGUGCCUGCUCCGACAAAAUCAUCGAUGCGUAUAAGCAACAAGGGUGGGAGUUUGUUCUCAAGGCCUUGAAUGAUCGGGAUUAUGUCGAGGAAUUAAGUGGUUUGAAGGAGGUACAGAGAUUAGCCGAAGAAGCUGCAAAGGAUAUCGAUCUCGAUGAUGAAGAGGAUGAGUUCUCAGAAGAGGGGGAGGGAGAAUUGAUAUAAGCGGGGCAGAGGAUGGCCUUGGGCUCGUUGUUAUGGAGCCCAGGACCGAUGAGAUGAGAGGAGAGGAGGACAUGGCCAAUCUAAACGCGAGAAGAAUAUGUCUCGUACAGUGAUGAGCAGUGAUGAUGGGGACACACGGAUUGGGAGGAUUGAAUUGCACUGAAUAUACGAUGGAUUUCCAAGUAUGAGUCUUAUGAUAUAUAUAUAGAUACCCAAACCACUCUAUUUUAUGUUA